AUGUAUUCCUUGAUAAAUCUCCUUAUCACGUCCCUAUUGCUUUCCACAUCAACACUGCUUCUUCUCUCUGCUUCGGAUUGGUCAGGCAAUAUUGUUGGGUAUGGCAAACAUUUUCUGUGCAAUGACAAAAUUGUUCAAUUAAAUGGCAACAUGUUUAUAGCUACAAAAGAAGUGGACUUGGAUAGAUAUAGAGGAGGUAAUGAUGCUUGUGAUGUUGAGAUUGCUGAGAAUGGGGAUAUAAUUAUCUGGUACCGGAAAGACACUGUAAAAAAAUUUGGAUGUUCUAUCGAUCUAGUCACCAAAAAUGAAGGCUCAAUUCCUUUCCAAUUUGGCAUCAACAAAUCUGAGGGUUUAUCUAAUUGUUUGAUUAAAACUGGGGAUAUGGAAGGCGAAGGAGGGACAGGAAAUCACGAUGCUACAAAUUGGAAUACAAUUCCUUUCUCCUUCAGUUUAAAAGAUGCUGAAUUUGAAAAAUUAAAAUCCAAUCCUCAAUAUGGAAAGAAUUGUGGAUCAAAAGGAAGCAAAGUUUGUGAAAAUAGUGGGGGAAAGUGUUUAAAACAAGCAGAUUAUUCAAUUGGAUGGGCAAGUAAAUCUAAUCAAGUCUUUUACGCAGUUCAGCCAAUUGGAGAGCCUCGAUAUUGGUCUUGUUUACACGACGACAAAGAUAACCUGUCAAAAUCUUCUUUUGAAAUAAAAAUUAGAAGUGGCGGUUUUGAUUUAUUAAGCAAAAAUUGUGAGGGGAAUAUGGACUUUGAUUGUUUUAAAAAAGAAUUUAUUCGAAAACCAGAAGAAUGGGAAAUUGUGGAUGAAAAUUAUAAAGAAGGACUAUUUAAAUAUUUAUUUACUUUCCAUUUGCUUCCUCUAUCAGCAGCUCCAAAACGCAAUAUAUUUGUUAAGCGUAUUAUGAAAGGGAGGUUGAAUGAAGCAAAAUGUGAUAUUUUUAUUAGAUUGGUGAGUUUGCUUGUUUAA